GCUUUUUCUCCCAACAUGGAAACAUUCUGCUGUCGUUCUAUUCUGCUUGCAUUCGAGAGACACUCGUUUUGGGAUUAGGAUUUGAUAGAGCGAGAGAGAUGGCUUCGCGAUCCAGCCACUGGAAUCGUCAGCAGCAGAGGUAGAGUGUCUCUUGCACUCGCCCCGCGGUCGAUUUUGCUGUCUGUUGCACGAUGAGCGUAGCUCUGCAAGAUUUGCGGAACAACAUGUCCAGCUACAAGCGUGCAACAUUUGAGGAGGAGGCGGCAGACAACCCAGCUGAUGGGAGCAUGUCUCCGGACAGUGUGGAGGUUGGCUUUCGGAAGGGCGGCAUCCAGCUCCUCGGUCCCCUGGGCAGGAGGACGCAAAUGGAGGUAGUGCUGGCUGGUGUGCUGCUCUGCUCUCUCCUCGCCCUGUUCGGAUGUGCUGUCACGCUGGGCAUGCGCUACAACACAGACCCAGCGCGGAGCCUGUGUCUGACUGAGGCCUGUAUUACGGUGGCCAGUAAGAUCGUAGAGGCCCUGGACCGCAGCGCUGACCCCUGCCAUGACUUCUACCAGUACGCCUGCGGGGGCUGGGUACGCAAGAACCCUCUCCCUGACGGACGCUCUCGUUGGAGCACCUUCAACAGCAUCUGGGACCAGAACCAGGCUCUCCUCAAACACCUGCUGGAGAACGGCACGUUCAACUCCAGCAGCGACGCCGAGAAGAAGACCCAGUUCUACUACCUGUCCUGCCUCAACGAGCAGCACAUCGAGGAGCUGGGAGCCACGCCUCUCAUUGACCUCAUUGCAAAGACAGGGGGCUGGAACAUAACGGGGCCCUGGGAGAAGGACAACUUUAUGGAGGUGCUGAAGACAGUGUCGGGCCCCUACCGUGCCCAGCCCUUCUUCACCAUCGGAGUCAGUGUGGACCCCAAGAACUCCAACAGUAACGUCAUCCAGGUGGACCAAUCGGGGCUCUUCCUCCCCUCGCGGGACUAUUACCUGAACAAGACAGCCAAUGAAAAGGUGUUGAAGGCGUACCUGGAAUACAUGGUGGAGCUGAGCCUGCUGUUGGGUGGGGAUAAGAACUCCACACAAAGCCAGAUGCAGCAGAUCCUGGACUUUGAAACGGCGCUCGCCAACAUUACAGUACCGCAGGACGAACGUCGAGAUGAGGAGAAGAUCUACCACAAGAUCACCAUCGCCGAGCUGCAGCUGCUGGCUCCAGCGGUGGACUGGCUGGACUACCUGUCCUCGGCCCUGUCCCCUCUGGACCUGAACGAUACAGAGCCAGUGGUGCUAUAUGCCAAGGAGUACUUGCAACAGGUGUCUGACCUGAUUAACAAGACCGAGCGCAGCCUGCUCAACAACUACAUGAUCUGGAACCUGGUGCAGAAGGGAGCGUCCAGUCUGGACCGGCGCUUUGAGAACGCCCAGGACAAGCUGCUAGAGAGCCUGUAUGGAACCAAGAAGUCCUGCACACCUCGAUGGCAGACCUGCAUUGGGAACACAGAUGACACGCUCGGCUUUGCCCUGGGUGCACUCUUUGUCAAAGCAACGUUUGAUAAACACAGCAAAGAGAUUGCAGAGGGUAUGAUCAAUGAGAUCCGUACUGCCUUCAAAUAUGCUCUUGAUCACCUCAAGUGGAUGGACAAACAAACGCGUCAGGCAGCCAAGGACAAGGCGGACGCCAUCUACGACAUGAUUGGAUUUCCUGACUUCAUCCUGGACCAAAAAGAACUGGAUGAUGUUUAUGAAGGGUAUGAAGUCUCGGAAGACCACUUCUUCCAGAACGCACUCAACUUCUACAACUUCUCCGCCAGGGUGAUGGCCGAUCAGCUCCGCAAGCCGCCCAACAGAGACCAAUGGAGUAUGACCCCUCCCACAGUCAACGCCUACUACAUGCCCACCAAGAAUGGCAUUGUCUUUCCAGCUGGAAUCCUCCAGGCACCCUUUUAUGCCCAGGAUCACCCCAAAGCACUGAACUUCGGGGGGAUCGGAGUGGUGAUGGGACACGAGCUCACUCAUGCCUUUGAUGACCAGGGCAGGGAAUACGACAAAGACGGGAACCUUCGGCCAUGGUGGCAAAAUUCCUCUGUGGAAGCAUUUAAAAACCGCACGGAAUGCAUGGUGGAGCAGUACAAUGGGUUUACCAUCAAUGGGGAGCAUAUAAAUGGCAAGCAGACACUGGGAGAGAACAUUGCUGACAACGGAGGCCUAAAGGCAGCCUAUAAUGCGUACCAGGCAUGGGUGCAGGAGAACGGUGAGGAGAAGAGGCUGCCAGCGGUCAACCUGACCAAUGACCAACUAUUCUUUGUGGGAUUUGCACAGGUGUGGUGUUCCGUGAGAACCCCGGAGAGCGCCCACGAAGGACUCAUGACGGACCCCCACAGCCCCCCAAAAUACCGCGUCAUCGGCACCCUCUCCAACUCGCCAGACUUUGCUGAGCACUUCCAGUGCCCCACUGGCUCCCCUAUGAACUCAGGUCACCGCUGUGUGGUGUGGUAGGGCCUGUGAGAACCAGUGGGGGGUGCUGUCUGUGGAAGCUACAUGGAGAAACAAGAGGAGGAGAAGAACCUCUAACUAAUCAUCAGAUUUUUUUUUCCUUCUAGUUCUCUUUUGUUUGUACAUGAUACUGGAUCACUAGUGGUUUGUGGGUAGAGCAGGACCAACUCCAGGUGAGCGAGAGGGAGGCACGUGGAGAGAAAUGUUGUCAUCUGCUGAUGUGUGUGUAAUUCCAGUGUUAGGGUAUUUUUCCUCUUUCUCCACCCCACCCUCCACCGGUGAGGCACAAAGGCACAUUUUAUUUAUUGUUUGAUGGACUUGGUAGGGGGCCGGGGAGGAGGAGCCACUAGGGACUGUCUAUCCCCUCACCUUUCUCUAUGCUACUGUGUUGUCGCUGUCCUCGCUGUGUGCCCUGUUUACAAUUUAAACCAGAGCCCUCUAUUGACUUCAGGGCUCUCACUGAAGGCACUAUGACAUCACACGAUAGGUUCAGCUGCCUUUGUGACCUUGCAGGAAGCGCAGAAACGUGGCUGUGACAUCACAGGAUGGGUUCAUCUGCCUCUGUGACCGCACAGGAAGUACAGAAACUUCACAAUGAUUGAACAUUCAAUAUGGCUUCAUCUCAAAUAACAUCCGUAUUCCCUAUAUUACUUACUUGCCUUGAGGCACAUAAGGCAUCCACAAGAGAGCACCACUGCUUCUGGUCUGCAUGUCCUAUAUAGUAUACACAUAGUACAAUGUGGCUCUGGUAAAUAGUAGUGCCCUAUGAGGUGUCAUUUGUUUAGGGUGUCAUUUGAGAUGGAGCCAUUAAGACUCAGCUCUCUUUCUCUGUUGCUUCACAGGAAGUGCACUGGCUUCUGUGGGUCCUCAAAGAUACCACUCAGCACCCUCUGUGACAUCACAAUGAAUCCACAGAAGGUGCUUCACUGUGACCUCAUAGCAGGUGUGGGGGAACUUAAUACAAAAAAAAUUGCCUCCUCUCCGAUGUACAAUGUUCUACUGCGCAAAAUCACUGGACCUGUUGAAAGCAAUAUUGAAGCCUACUGAUAGGCUUUGCCACCAUAUCACUUAUAGCUAUCCCAUUUCUUAAAGAUCGGUGGCGAGUAGUUUGAAUACAUAGGAAAGGGUACAUAGGAAAGCCACUUAACAAUGUUGAUCCAACCAUGAGAAGGGUGACGUUGCCCCUAGACGCUGAUCUUGGUUUAGUUUCCCCACUAAUGGUUAAGAUUGGGGGAGGGAAAGCUAAUCAUAGAUCUGUACUUAGGGGUAACAUCACCCUAAAGCAUCCAACCACAAGAUGGGCAAAUGUCCCUCUGGGACCUACAGACAGUGCUGGACUGGCUGUGACACCGGUUGUAAGGACACUCACCACUUGCUUAUUUGUGUUUUAGUUGUUGCUGCUGCUGUUGUUGUUAUUGGCAUAUUCUGAAGUUGACAAAGUUGAAAUGAGAUUCUCAUUUUUAAAACUGCUUUUUUUGCCAAAAAUC